GACUUAGAAGGGAGCCCGUGAACGGCAUCCUUAAGCCCCCCUUCUCCUCCUCCUCCUGCGGCCCUAGGAAGCAGCCCUGGCCCCCAUCUCGCCUCCUUUAGGGUAACAGAAGGGGAGAUCUCGUCCCUUUAAGCAGCUCACGGGUGGAGCAGGAUAUAUUUCGUCAAUGAUGGAAUCAAAACAGGGCUGUCCCCUCACUUUUACUCACAUAUUUGUGUAUAUGUCUCUUCCGACGGGCCUAUCUAGUCAACUUUCAAUAAUGAGUUGUGGAAGGCUUUCAUGGCCGGAAUCUCUGGGUUGCUGUGAGUUUUCCGGGCUGUAUGGCCAUGUUCCAGAAGCAUUCCCUCCUGACGUUUCGCCCGCAUCUCUGGCAGGCAUCCUGAGAGGUUGUGAGGUCUUUUGGAAACUAGGCAAGGGAGGUUUAUAUAUCUGUGAAAGGUCCAGGGUGGGAGAAAGCACUUUUGUCUGCUUGAGGCAAGUGUGAAUGUUGCAAUUGACCACCUUGAUUGCAGGCAGAAAGCAGCCAGGCUUUGAAGCAGCAAUGCCAUUUAAUGCUAAUCAAGGUGACCAGUUUCCAACAGACCUCACAACCUCUGAGGAUGGCUGCCAUGGAUGUGGGCGAAACGUCAACAGAGAAUCCUUCUAGAACAUGGCCAUACAGCCAGGAAAACUCACAGCAACCCCACUUCAAUCAUGACUUUUGAUUUCCAUUCUGUUGCCAUUAUAUGUCAGUUCUAUAUCUGUGUUUGGUAUAAGUUUUCUUGUGUGUGUGUGUGUGUGUGUCAUUUAUGUAAUUUAUUGUAUUUUUAAUGUUCAUUUGUUUUUGAGUUUGUAGUACCCCGCUGAAUAAAACAUUAUUAUUUACUGCAGUGGUUCUCAACCUGUGUGUCCCCAGAUGUUUUGGCUUUCAAAUCCCAGAAAUCUUAAGAGCUGGUAAACUGGCUGGGUUUUCUGGGAGUUGUAGGCCAAAACACCUGGGGACCCACAGGUUGAGAAACACUGAUGUACAGGGCGGGCCAAAAGUCACAAACGGGUUCUGUAUACUUAGUACUUACUUAGGCGAUCCCUCGUAGGCCAAGGAUGAUGGUCUUCCAUUUGUGUGGUCUUGGGGGUGGGUCUGUAGGUGGCUGAAGAGACCUAUUCUUGAUCGGCAUGUUCUCCCGCAAUGAGGACAUUGGUUUCCAGGUGGAAGGCGGUCCCGGUCAGGGUUAGCUUGACGCACCUUACUCUUGGAACGUUUCUCCCUUAAGCCCUCCAUUCGUGCCUCUUCGAACUCCGCAGCACUGCUGGUCACAGCUGGCCUCCAAUUAGAGCGCUCAAGGGCCAGGGCUUGCAUUAAAAUCCCCCAUAAGGAUGAUUUUGUCCUCCUUAGGUAUCUCCGAUAGGACAGUGUUCAGCUGACAAUAAAAAUUUUCCUUGAUGUCUUCGUCAGCAUCUAGUGUUGGUGCAUAGGCACUUAUGAUGGUUGCCUGUUGGUUUUUGGCAAGGUUAAUUUGGAGGGUUGAGAGUCAUUCAUUGAUGCCAAUGGGUGCUUCAGUCAGGUGCUUCACCAGGUCAUUUCUGAUAGCAAAGCCGACUCCGUGUAUUCUUUGCUCUUCUUCAGGCAGUCCCUUCCAGAAGAAGGUGUAACCUCCUUUCUCUUCCUUCAGCUGUCCCUCUCCUGCUCUCCGGGUCUCCUGGAGGGCUGCUAUAUCAAUGUUAAAGCAUCCCAGCUCCCUUGCAAUGAUAGCAGUCCUGCAUUCGGGGCGUUCACUGUCAGUGUUACCCAACAGUGUCCAUACGUUCCAUGUUCCAAAGUUCAUUUUAAUUUUUUGGACACAGAGUGGUGACCCCUCUGGACGCGGCAGUCCAGUCAGGGAUAAGAGAGGGAGACUAUGUUUAGGGCACCUUUUCUACGGGACCUUCCCUGUGUGGGGUGAGCAGAGCGGAUCCUAAAAAGGCCUGCUCAGCUGCCGGACUACUCAACUGCCUCGGACCUUGAGAUAGAAUGACUGAGUCCAUAUCCACUGCCCAUGUGCCAGUCUGUGACUAGGGGCUUCCAGAUUUCACAGUCCUGCCACUCGUUGAUCGCCAUGGGACUUUUGUUGGUUUGUUUUUAUUUUUCUUGGAAGAUGCCUGUGCAUGAUUUUUUUUUUAAUGUGUGGAGGUCGGUGCAUGGCAGGUCAACACACAGUCUUCACAGAGUGAGGUCCCAGCCAGUGGCAUGAUUAACACAACAACGGUGGCUUCUCAGUCUGUUGCAGCCUUCUUCCGCCUUCACAGCAGUUGUUUUUCUGGCCAUGUUCCAGAAGCAUUCUCUCCUGACAUUUCACCCACUUCUAGGACCACAUUGGAUGACAGUUACAAGAUUUGAUUUUUCACAGGUGAUGUAAAUUUAAACAGAUAGAUAGACAGACAGAUGCGCACACACAUACUAUUUUAUGUGUGUGUGUACACACAUAUAUGUAAACACUGUGUAUGAUCCUAUGGUGUAGUAAAUUAAAAACAAAUAAUAAAGAAGUUAUUAAAUAUUAAAAGCCCCUUGGGGUUUUUUUUGGCCCACCCAGUGUGUAUGUACAGAUAGUCCCCAUGUUACGAACAAGACAGGUUCUGUAGAUUUGUCCUUAAAUUGAAUUGCUUGUCAGUCGGCACAAGUACAUAUUUUAAUUGUAACUAAAGUCAAAUUAUACAAUCUUUGGAUGGCAUAGGAAAGGGUUAACACCCCUGUUGUGUUUGUUUUGCUGUCUGUGCCCCUGUUCAGAAGAUUUCACCGCACUUUCCCUGUGGUACAAUAGAGUCCCGCUUAUCCAACAUAAACGGACCGGCAGAACAUUGGAUAAGCGAAAAUGUUGGAUAAUAAGGAGGGAUUAAGGAAAAGCCUAUUAAAUGUCAAAUUACGUUAUGAUUUUACAAAUUAAGCACCAAAACAUCAUGUUUUACAACAAAUUGACAGAAAAAGCAGUUCAAAACAUGGUAAUGUUACGUAGUAAUCAUUGUAUUUACAAAUGUAGCACCCACACAUUGCAAUAUAUUAAAAAUAUUGACUACAAAAACAUUGUUUACUAGACUGAAUUGGAUAAUACAGAACAUUGGAUAAGUGAAGGUUGGAUAAGUGAAACUACUGUAGUUGAAUUUUGAAAAAAAGAAAGGCUAGUAGUGGAAAUAAGGAUUGGUGAGAAAGCUUAAGUGGAGACACCUUUUCCCCAUGACAACUCUUUUAGGAGUGAAUUUCCCUUCCUAGGGGUAGAUUUAUCUCACUUCCUGUUGUCCUACUCCCAUUUGUAACUAUGAGUCAUUUGUAAGUCAGAUGUUUGUAACUCGGGUAAUCUGCAGUAUCUUAUUCACUCUCUAGAAGUUCCCAGCCUUUGGUCUCCAAAGGUUUUGGACUUCGGCUCCCAGGAUUCCCAAUAGUUGGCCAAGCUGUUUGGGAGAUGAAAUCUUCCAAAAGCUGGAGGACCAAAGCUUGGAAACAACACACCUACACAAAAACUACAUGAUGCACACAGUUAAUGUUCAUGACAUGCGAGGCUGAGACUCAGGAAGUAUCUGUUAACACAUUUAUGUUUUAUUGAAAUACCAAGUGAAAGUAUCAGCCGCAUUUUACUUAGUCACGAGUUUCUCUGUAAAAUUAACACAUUGAUCCACAUUUAUAAAUUACAUGACAUAUACCCUUCUGUCUUCAUGGAGGAUAGUAAAUAUACAAGAUUCUGAGGCAUCUAGUUCCUUCCUGGCUGCCAUAUUCUCUUAACAUGUUGGGGGGGGGGGGCGUAGGUAAGUAUGGAAGUAAACCUAGUGAUUUUCAGGGUUCAGUAAAAACUCCAACCUGGACCUCCUGAACUCCAGCCUGACAUUUGAUCCAUCACGCCGCACUGAUCUGUAGAAGCAUUCUGUUUGUGUUGACUUUUCUUUCCUUACUAGUUGGACAAAUCUGACUGAAGCGCAAUGGGAAUCCCAGGUUUGCUCCAAUUUAUCAAAGAAGCUGCUGAACCUAGUCACGUAAAGAAAUACAAGGGACAAGUAGUUGCUGUGGAUACUUACUGCUGGCUGCAUAAAGGAGCCUAUGCAUGUGCUGAAAAGCUGGCCAAAGGAGAACCAACAAAUCAAUAUGUAAUUUAUUGCAUGAAACUUGUUGAUAUGCUCCUGUCAUUUGGUGUCAAACCAAUUCUUGUAUUUGAUGGAUGUACCUUGCCAUCCAAAAAAGAAGUUGAAAAAUCACGGCGAGAAAAACGGCAAACAAAUCUUCUGAAGGGGAAACAGCUACUCCGAGAAGGAAAAUUAUCAGAAGCCAAAGAAUGUUUUUCACGGAGCAUUAACAUUACACAUGCUAUGGCCUGUGAAGUUAUUAAAGCUGCUCGAGCCCAAGGGAUUGACUGCAUUGUUGCUCCAUAUGAAGCUGAUGCUCAGCUGGCCUACCUUAACAAGACUGGCAUUGUUCAGUCUAUAAUUACAGAAGAUUCUGAUCUUCUUGCUUUUGGAUGUAAGAAGGUGUUUCUGAAAAUUGACAAGCUUGGAAAUGGCUUAGAAAUUGAUCAAGCUCGGUUAGGAAUGUGCAAACAGCUUGGUGAUGUCUUCACAGAAGAGAAAUUCCGUUACAUGUGUAUUCUGUCAGGCUGUGACUACCUUCCAUCGAUUCAUGGUAUUGGUUUAGGCAAGGCUUGCAAGCUACUUAAAAUAGCUAACAAUCCAGAUAUUAUCAAGGUAAUUGGAAAAAUGGGACAGUAUUUAAAGAUGAAUAUAUUAGUACCAGAUGACUACUUGCAAGGAUUUAUUCGUGCCAACAAUACCUUCCUCUAUCAGCUGGUUUUUGACCCAGUCAGGAGGAAACUUGUUCCUUUGAACGCCUAUGAAAAUGAUAUUGAUCCAGAAACACUGCAUUAUGCAGGGAGACACUUUGGUGACAGCACUGCUUUUCAGAUUGCUCUUGGAAAUAAAGACAUCAGUACAAUGGAGCAAAUCGAUAAUUACAAUCCUGAUACAUCACAGCCAGUACAACCCAGAAGUCGUGGCUGGGAUAACAAAUGUGUUAGUGAGAAGCCAUCCAGUUUAAAGAGUAUUUGGAGUAGAGACUAUAAACCCGGUUUCACUGCCAGUGAUAUUAAAAACCAUGAAUCAUUAUUAAAAAAAACCACAACCAGAGGCAUGGAGCGAUUAAUUAACACGAAAGGACUAAAUCUUCCUGUCAAAGCACUACUGGCAAAAAGGCCAAGGCUUGAAGAGCUGUCAGAAGAUGAUUUGUUGAGCCAGUAUUUUUCAAAUGCAAAAAAAUCCAAGACAGAAAAUGAAGAAAAUGGGGAACAUAACGACUCUGCUAGUGCCAUGUCUGUGCUCCCUUCUUCAAAAGACACUUCCAAGAAAAAGGAUGAGCCUGACUCUCAGCCUAGACCUAGAAACAAAUUUGCUUUCAUUCUCCAGAAGAAAAAUGAAGAGAGUGGUGCAGUUGUUGUUCCGGGAACCAGAAGCAGGUUCUUCUGCAGUAUAAUGGAUCUGCCUGACAGACAGCCAAAGGGCAAAGUUGUCCAAACAUCCCAGGAUUGUGAGACUACUGAAGCAGAAUGCACACCAGUGAAAGAUCACAGUUCUCACUUAUCAGAGGCAGAAGAACUAGAAAGAACAAUUCCAUUAUCCCUUGGGGCAGCACAGACCAGCUGCUUCAGUUGGACAAAGAGCUUUUCUGAAAAACCUGAGUCACCCAGCCCAUUGCAAAGUGUAUCUUUUCUAAAGCGAUUCCACCGACAAACACCCAGUAAAGCCACAUCCCAGAAUUGUAACGCAUCACAGACGAUGAGUUCCACAACUAAAGAGUUGGAUGAGGAAGCAUCACCUUUGAAAGAACAAGGGAGCUUAUCGGAACCAGAGCUUGAUGCGUCGUCAAAAAGCAAUCUGGACACGUCAGAAAAUUCACCAGUGACCAAGAAAAAUGCUGUUGCUGGCAGAGAAUCUGACCAUAGUUCACAAACAGACUGUACCCUGAAUUCUCAGAUCUCUCCAUACUUUGAAUCAUCUUGUACAGAUAAUAAGGAUACAGUUCUCAAGAGUAUGGCUACUGGAUUUCGUAAAACUGAUUCUGUAAAUCCCCCUGCGGUAAUGAGGUGCAGGUCACUCGUGCCUGCCAAAGUUAGUGGCUUAAGCAAGAAAAUUACAAAGUCAAAGAAGAAAAACCAUCAUGAUGAAAAUAAAUCAAACCUGCAAGUCACAAUUCAUGAACUAUGGAAAACCUUCCAGUUUAAAAGGGAUUCUCAAAAACUACCCUCUUGUAAAAAAACAGAGCCAUUGUCUCCAGUCAAAGAUAGCAACAUUCAGCUCACUCCUGACACAGAUGAUGGUACGUUUAAUAAACUUGAAUUCAGUCAUGUACAGCGGAAGAUAUUUCAGUGAACUCCUACUGCAGAUUUGAACAAUUUUAUAAUCAUCAGCAGAAGUAAUGUCUGAACAAAUUUGGAUUAAUUGUUCCUAAACACAAAAAGCAAAGUAAAAUUUGUAUUUGUUUGGUUAUGAGCUAUAUAUGAAUUGCAGUUUCAUCAAAUCUUGUUGAAUACCUACUUGAAUAAAAUUGUUUUGAUACAAA